AUCAGCAAACGGAGAAUGUGGAAGUAUCUGGUGCUCUUUGGGGGUCUCUGCCUCUUUGGCUGCAGUGUGGCACCGUGUCAGGGCUACACCACUCGCUGUGUGCGGAGCCUGCCCCUGCCGCUCUAUCAUUUCAUACCCGUCCGCCUCUACACGCCGCAGACGCUGCUCGAGGGCCUGAAUCACGAGGAUCUGCAGCGGGAGCGACGACAGCAGCAGAUCGUACAGGAGGUCAUUCUGGAGAAUAAUUUUGGAGGCGGUUUUGGUGGUCCAUCGUUCGGCCCUCCCCCAUUCGGGCGUCCUCCGUUCGGAGGAGGAGGCUUUGGGCCCGGCAGAUUCGGACCUGGUCGUGGCUUUGGCGGUGGUUUUGGUGGCUCCUUUGGCGGAGGCUUUGGCGGUUCAUUUGCUCGUAGCUACAACCAGGAGGAAGAGAAGCUGCCAGUCCCACAAUAUAGUUCCCCUGCUACCCCAAGUGCUCCGGCGUACAGUGCUCCUGCUCCAUGUGCUCCUCCUGCUGCUCCAAGUGCUCCUGCUCCUCCUGCUCCCAGUGGCAUACCAUCGCCGGAAUGUCCAAAGAACUAUGUGUUCUCCUGUGAGGCGGUCAUCAAGCCCGUUCCCUGUGCUGCUUCCAGCUCUUGUGGUUAUUGAGAGAAACAAAGGACUGACUAAUAAAACAAGAGAUGUUAACGACAAA